AGAUGAAACACCUGCCUGGCGCUGACCCCGAGCUCGUGCUCCUCAGCCACAGAUACGUGGAGCUGGAGAGAAUCCCCCUGAGUGACAUGACCCGGGAGGAGAUCAACCAGCUGGUGCAGGAGCUGGGCUUUUACCGCAAGGAGACGCCCGAUGCCCCUGUGCCUGAGGAGUUCCAGUUUGCCCCUGCCAAGCCUCUGCCUACCUUGCCACUCCCUAAAGCUCAUGCAGCUGAGAGCAAGACCCCAUCCGAGCCUGAUAACGAAGAGCACCCAGACCUCUAGGAAGCAGUGUGAGGGGGUGCCAUACUCAGGAUGAAUGCAGUGGGAAGAGGGUCGUGAAGCCAGAUCCUAGCACAUGAGGAUGAGGCCGUUAGAACAGCUGCCUCUCCUUAUGGGGCUAGGAAUAGUGCCAUGGUCUAACCAGGAAGCAGAGAUGUCUUCUAGCUGCCUCCCACCAUUGCUUGGUGCUGUGUAGCUUCUGCUACAGGGAUUGCCCUGAGCAGCUACAGCCCUGAGCAGAGGCUUCCUGUGCAUUGUGGGGUCUGUGUGCCCAUCGUUGCCCUCCCUCCCCUACAGCCCAGUAGCUGCAUCCAUUCU